UUCAUAUUUUACCAUGCUUUCUUGUAAUGUCACUCUGUUACCAAAUACAAGAGGAACAGUUUACAGUAUGGCAAGGCUAUCGCUUAAAUAACACUGUGAUUGUAGAACUUUCUGUGGAAGUAAAAAACCUGAUGUACUGUGCAUCAAAAUGUGUUAGAAGUCCACAUUGUAAUACAGCAAGUUAUAACAACUUAUCUAAAGCAUGUGAACUUCAUGGAACAAUUUAUUCAACUAUUUUUAUAACAAAUGACACGGACGAAAACCAAUAUUUGGCCAUUCCGAAAGAUAUACAUACGACAACGAAUUUCACUGAGACUGUACAAUUUCAAACAACUGAAGAUACAUCUAUAUCCACAGCACAAGAAACAGCAUUAGAGACUUCUACUAUUAAUUCACAACAGAAGAACUGGACAACACUAGGAGCGGAUGAUUGCUAUUGGACAAAUAGUUCGGAAUAUAGUGGUACGAUCAGUUAUACAACCGGUGGUAUCCCGUGUCAGUACUGGAACACCGAUAAUCCACAUUACAGGAACUAUUUACCUUUAGACACAACAGCACAUGACACAAACUACUGCAGAGAAACAAAUCAUUACGAAGGUUGUCCUGUGUGUUACACUUCUGAUCCAGCUGUGAACUGGGAUUAUUGUUACAUCGUGAAAUGUGAUGCUUGUGGUGUAGAUGAAAGACUCCCUGUAGUACCGACUGGCAUAACUUCCCUCUUCCACGUUGGUAAAUUCAUCGGUAUGGUGUUCACAUGUGAUACACUGACAUCAGGAACUUCAGUAGAUCAUUGUCCCGUGUCUCAGUGCGGUUCAGAUGACCAGUGGACGACUAACUUUUCUAUCUCAUGCACAGAUGAAGAUUGUUACACUGAUAGCACUACAUAUCAUGGAAAAGUCACCUGUACAGUUACUGGUAUUACAUGCGACGUCUGGACUUAUUCAUCGAAAAUACCUGCAGGUGAUCCAGAUAAGGAUACAAAUUAUUGUAGAGACCCAGACAGCACUGGAGCUCCUUGGUGUUAUACUACAGAUCCAAAUGUACGCUGGGAAUACUGUCCAGUACGAAAAUGCUGAUUAAAAAAUAUCCAAACUAAGCUUUCUGUUAAAUUAAUUUUGCU